AUGGAGCAGUCGCUGCUCCUCGAUAGCGCCCUGCGCGACUGGGUGCUCCUGCCCAUCACGCUGGUCAUGGUUCUGGUCGGCAUAUUCCGGAACAACCUCAUGAAACUGCUCGAGGGAAAGCCGAAACUGUCGACCCUCACGGCCGCCCGGCAGCAGCACAUUCUCUCGCGCUCAGCGACGCUGCGUAUGAACUACCCAGCGAUCCCGCCGACGGCGGUCGAGGGGCGCAAGUCGUUCCUCUCGCGCGUUCUCGAUGACGGCACGUACCUGGCUCCCGAGACGAAGCAGGCGGCGGAAAAGGCGGCGAACCGGCAGCCUGACGAGUUGCCCGAGUCGCCGUUCAACGAGUCGUCCAUGGAGGGCAUGAUGGAUAUGGCGAAGAAGAGCCUCGUGAUGAUGAUCCCGCAGACGGUCAUUAUGGGCUGGAUCAACUUUUUCUUCACGGGCUUUGUGAUCACGCGCCUGCCUUUCCCGCUUACGCAGCGCUUCAAAAUCAUGCUCCAGCGCGACGUCGAUACGUCGGACUUGAACGUCUCGUGGGUGUCGUCGCUAAGCUGGUACUUCCUGAAUCUCUACGGUCUCGAUGCGAUCUACCGCCUCGUGCUCGGAAACUCUCAAGCGGCCGACUCGAUGCGCGAUAUGGCCGCGUUCGGCGGUGGCGCUGCGCUGGUGAACCAGUCGCAGAACCCCAUGGCGCCGCAGACGGACUAUGUGAAGCUGCACCAUGCCGAGCGCGAUAGCCUGGAGCUCAUUGGCGCUAUUGGCCCGAAGGACGUCCGCUGGAUCGGCGAUGGCAUCGAGGCACGGGUCCUGGGCCUGUACGAGCAGCGGUAG